AUGAGCGUUCCUGGAAGGAAAAGAAAGAACCGCAAGUCGGUUAGACAAGGUUUAGAGGGCCACAGACAGAAUAGAGGUACGGAUCAACGGUAUGCGCCUGGUAGAAGGGAGUCUGUGUCAUCCAAUCGGGUCCAGGCGACCAAUGUUGGAUCGAUGCUGCACGACGAGAGCGACGUAAUUUCCUUUAGACAGUGCCUUAAAAACGAGGUCAUAGCGAGUAGUCGGUUGCUAGACCUGCUCACGACACAGGCGAUUCCUUUGGACAAGAUUCAGCCGCCGGAAAUGUUUCCCAAGGGAGCAUUAGAGUUCAUGAUGCAACAGUUGGAGACGCAGAAACGCAUAAUAGAGGACGCUAGAAGGAUAUCUGAGAGCAAGGUGGCAGCAGCAACACAACUGGAUGACAACGUACGAUUCUAUAAAGAAGGAAUUGACGUUCUUGCGGAUAAAUUGUACGAUCCAGAGACUGUUAAACGCGUCGAGAGCGAGUUCAGAGAUAAGUUCAAGUUGCAGAUAACGUCAGGGAAUGUGGUGUUUCAUAAAAACAAGUUUUCACAACUCUCGUCUAACCGUACAAAGGCCCCUUCAGACUACUGGGAAAAGUAUAAACGAAGGCUAGAGGAGCAGAAGGAGGAAGAACGUCGGAUUAAGGAGCAAGAAGAGGAACGGAAAAGACAGGAAGAGAUGGCUCUUUCAGUGGACCCCAUAUCGUCAGACCUCACGAGCGCGGCCAAAAACGACGAAGUGGAGCAGCAGCAACUAUCUGUACCAGAUCCCAAUGAUCCGAAUCUCUUGGAUGAUGUGUUCGGAGAAGAACCAUUCCAAAACGAUUUCGAUGAUGGAUUUGGCGAUUUGGAUACUGCCUUCUUUUAA